UCCACUGGUUACCAACGCCCUUAUGUACCACAGAGAUAUCGUCGAGAAGUUUUCUCCGCUCUGCAUUCUCUGUCACAUCCUGGUAUUCGCUCCACUCAAAAGCUGAUAUGGACCAAGUGCUGUGUUGCGUGCCAAAAAGCGAAAAUCCACCGGCACAUAAAAUCACCAAUUGGUUCAUUUUCGCAACCCGAUGCACGAUUUCAGCACGUACACAUCGAUAUCGUCGGACCCCUACCACCUUCGCAGAACUAUUCAUAUUUACUAACUUGCGUAGAUCGUUUUUCGCGAUGGCCUGAAGCCUGGCCCUUAUCUGAUGUAUCAGCAGAAAUGGUCGCCAAAACGCUGAUAUCACAAUGGGUUUUGCGUUUUGGCACACCCGCAACAUUCACCACUGACAGAGGACGUCAGUUUGAUUCCCACCUUUUCACCGAGCUGACUCGUCUCCUUGGGUGUAAACACACCCGCACUACGGCUUACCACCCUGCAGCAAAUGGCAUGGUCGAACGCUUUCACCGCCAACUCAAGGCAUCUAUCAAAGUAGCUCCAGACAGUUCUCACUGGUUGGAACAUCUCCCUCUCAUCCUCCUUGGAAUUCGAUCCACGAUUAAGGAAGAACUGGGAUAUACUCCGGCCGAACUCGUUUAUGGCACAGCACUCACCUUACCUGGGCAGAUGAUCGAACCUGUUUCACAAAACUUUCCUGACCCACAACAAUAUGUGCACCGAUUACGGACAUCCAUGUCGCAGUUAUCACCUUCAGGCCCCAGGCAACAGAACGUCGUUUCACGUGUCCCAAAAGAUAUCAACACUUGGACUCAUGUCUUCGUGAGGAAUGAUGGGAUACCCUCUCAACUUCGACCACCAUAUUCCGGGCCCUACAAGGUCAUCAAAAGAGAACCCAAGUAUUUCGUCCUCAAUAUUGGAGGUAAACGAAAUACGGUCUCGAUUGAUCGUUUGAAAAAAGCUUUCAUCGAGGAGGGCUUACAUUCAGUCCCCUCCUUUCCUUGA